UUGCAUUGUGGGGGUACCCGGAGCGCGGAGAGGACAGCGGGGAGCACAAAGGAAUAAAAACAGAUGAAAACAGCCCCUCUGCAGCUUCCCACGGCGGCCUGUCGGGAUGCCGCUUCAUGUGAGCGCUCAUUAAAGCGACCGUCGAGCCGGCAGGCAGCCCGCACGGAGCGGGGGAUGUGAGCGGAGAGGAGCGGCAGGACGCACCGCGGAGUCUACCGUCAGCUGAGCGGCUCUCAUCCCGAGGCCCGGCCUGAAGUGCAGGCCUCACCCCGCAAGGGUCCUUUUCCUGUCGCAGUCAGAAAGGGACUCCAAGAUGGGGGUGAAAACCUUCACCCACAGCUCCACCUCCCACAGCCAGGAGAUGCUGGACAAGCUCAACGCGCUGCGCAACGAAGGUCACUUAUGUGACGUGACCAUCCGGGUCCAGGACAAGCUCUUCCUGGCCCACAAGGUGGUCCUCGCCUGCUGCAGCGAGUUUUUCCGCUCCAAACUAGUAGGACGGCCCGAGGAGGAGGACAAGUUUGUGUUGGACCUCCACCACGUGACCGUGAGCGGCUUCGCCCCGCUGUUGGAAUACGCCUACACCUCCACCCUCUCCAUCAGCACGGAAAACAUCAUCGACGUGCUGGCGGCCGCAAGCUACAUGCAGAUGUUCGCGGUGGCGAGCACGUGCUCGGAGUUCAUGAAGUCCAGCAUCCUGUGGAGCCCGAACAGCAACAGCAGCAACACUAACAGCGGCAUGGCAGCGGACAAACCGCACGAAGCGGCGCCCGAGAGCGCCUCGUCUAACUGCGCCCUGACGCCGCUGGACGGCAGCGUGUCGCCCGUGUCCUCCGACUGCAGCGUGAUGGAGAGAAACGUGCCCGUGUGCCGCGAGUCCCGGCGGAAACGCAAGAGCUUUGUGACGAUGGCGUCGCCCGAGAGCCCGCUCAAGUGCACUACGCAGAUGGUCACCACCUCCCCUCAGAUCCCCAACCCGUCGCCGUCCUUCUCCGACAGCACGGCGCAGCCCGUGGAGUCCUCUCUGGCCUUUCCCUGGACUUUCCCCUUCGGCAUCGACCGCCGCUUCCACUCGGACAAGUCGAAGCUCCCAGAGAGCCCGCGCUGCCUGGAGCAGGGCGCCCCGGGCACCUCGGAGGUGGUGGUCGGCCGGCGGCUCAGCGACUUCCUGACGUGCGAGAGCUCGAAGGCGGUGUCGUCGCCGGUGGCGGCGGAGGAGGAGGACGUCAGGGUGAAGGUGGAGCGUCUCAGCGACGAGGAGGUGCAGGAGGCGUCGUCGCAGCCAGUCAGUGCCUCUCAGAGCUCCAUGAGCGACCAGCAGACGGUGCCGGGCAGCGAGCCGGUUCAGGAGGAGCUGCUGAUCAGCCCGCAGUCCUCCUCCAUAGGCUCGAUGGAUGAGGGAGUGUCAGAAGGCUUGCCGUCAAUGCAGGGCACCUCUAAUGCUGGAGGACACGCAGAAGACGAUGAGAGGCUGGAAGGGAUUCAGUAUCCCUACCACCUCUACAUCAGCCCGUCGGCCCGGCCCGGCACUAACGGCCCCGACCGGCCCUUUCAGUGUCCCACCUGCGGAGUCAGAUUCACACGCAUUCAAAACCUCAAGCAGCACAUGCUGAUACACUCCGGCAUUAAACCUUUCCAGUGUGACCGCUGUGGGAAAAAGUUCACACGGGCCUACUCGCUAAAGAUGCAUCGGCUGAAGCACGAAGGUAAACGCUGUUUCCGGUGCCAGAUUUGUAGCGCCACAUUCACGUCCUUCGGUGAAUAUAAGCACCACAUGAGGGUCUCCCGACACAUAAUCCGCAAGCCGCGGAUUUAUGAGUGCAAAACGUGCGGCGCCAUGUUCACCAACUCUGGCAAUUUAAUUGUACACCUGAGGAGUCUGAACCAUGAGGCAUCCGAACUAGCAAACUACUUCCAGAGCAGUGAUUUCCUCGUGCCCGACUACCUGAGCCAGGUACAGGAGGAGGAGGAGGCGCUGGGAGUCCAGUAUGAACUGGAGGAGUCCCAACACCACCCGGUCUACCCGGGCAGCGCCUCUUCCACCACCAAUGCCGCCUCGUCCUCCUCCUCAGUCCAGAUGCCCGUCAUCUCCCAGGUCUCCUCCUCCACCCAGAACUGUGAGAGCUCCUCCGGCUUCCUUUCGCCCGAGCCCUUGGAUCCCCUGGAAGUCCCGGCCUCCCACAAGAUGGACGCCGACGAGGCAGCGGUCAUGACCGAGGAGACCAAGAUGGACAACAGCGUGGGAGGGAGUUCCCCCGAGGAGUUCGAAGAAGAGCAGCAGCAGCAGCAGCAGCAUGCUCAGACCAAGGAGGUGGCUUCCAUUACCAUAGAGUGAUUCAAGUCUUCUACUUGCCCGUCAUGUCUUAUUUUGCUGUCACGUCAUAUGGGAAUAUCCGCUGGAAGGAUUCGAAGCAAGUCGGCACCUCCAUAUGUGAAGCAGCGGAAACGCCGCCAUUGAUGUUCUCUGAGGACUUCGGUUGGCUCGAUGAGGGAUUUUUACGCAUUUCUUUGGAUAUCUGUUCCACAUCAAACCAAAUCCAGCUCAAGUCCAAGAUAACUGCUUUUGUUUUGGUAGCAGCUAUCAGGUUCCUGACUGACGAUAAGGGAUUUCAGCGGGUCAGAGGACCUCGCUUUCACUGUAUUUCCAUCUCCUAUAAAUGCAAGUGGACAGUUAUUUGAGUCGGAAAGUUGUGUGUUUUCCCAUAUGACUUGAACGCAGCACUAAUGAAAAUCAUAUUUGUCUUAGCCAAUUUGAGGUCUGUCAAAUCCAAGCCUUGCUCUACUUUUGGAAAGUGCCUGAGAGUUCCAAUCUGAACAAAGAAAACACGUAGAAGAAGAAAAACGUCUUGACUUUAACAACAGCGACAAAUCAAGUCUUUGCAAACUGAGCUAAAGGAAAAAAAAAAAAGAAGAAGAAAACCUCCUUGUGUUUCAUUUGUAGUGGUAAUGCUAGUUCGUAUGGGCAGAGACUGUGUUAUUUCCUUCAGUGCCGUCGCUAUAAGCAAACUGUUCAAUGUCAAUAUUAAUCUCUACUGCAAUAGCUUGUACUGUACUUUUACUAUUUGAAUGCUGUGUAUGUUGGGUGUUGUGAAAUAUGAUACGUCAGGUGUGCGUUUGUGCAUUUCUUUGAUAUGAACACAGUACAUUUCAUUUUUAAAUGUUAAAACUUGAACUAUUUUGAAAUAGUAUUCCCUGAAGACACUUGUGCAGUAUAUAGUUUUAUACAAAUAGUUUUGACCUCUUCCUGAUUUGACACUGUUGUGAAAACAAACCUUGUGUCUCCA